UCAGAUGCAUCCGAUGUGGAUUCUCAAACGCGGCAUAUCGUGUCUUGUAGUGUUAUGUCAUAUGUCAUAUGUGUAAAUUUCGUUCUGUCAAUUGUCAGUGUCAAUAUUGUCAGUUCAGUAAGUUCAGUUUACAAAGGUGAUGGGAAAAAGGGGAUCCAAACAAUAGAAAAUUUCAAUAUUUUCCCAAAUCAUUAAGAUGAAUCAUUAUAGUGUGCAGUGAAUACUGACGGCAGUUUAUAAGAAUUUAGUUUUAAAGAAACAUGGUUGUGAAAUGGCUUCCUCUGUAUUCGCAAUAAAAGACAGACAUUAGUAAUAAAAAAUAAAAUAUCAAGCUUGCAAACUCCAUGACAUGGGAAUUUGUUCUAGAAGAUACUUUUUUCUAUCAAUAUGCUUCCUGCAAAUGAUAACAGUAGUUGAGAGACAGGUGUUUGAUUUCUUGGGAUUUCUAUGGAUUCCAAUUUUAGUCAAUUUCUUUGAAAUCAUAUUCAUCAUUUUUGGAUUUUUUGGUGCUUAUCAAUACCGCCCAAAAUACAUAAUAGCUAAAAAUAAAGUGCUCAAAUUAGACUUAAACAGCGACAGUUGGUGGAAAAAGGAAGGGCCACGAUGCAGAAUUAAGGAUGUAGAUGCAAUCCCUGUUGAAUUCGAAGGAUGUUUGAUAAAUUAUGUACAUGUUGAGAUUGUGCAAGCCGGUAUCCAAUGUUUUUUUGCUGUGUUUAAUAGUAUUAUAGGCAUUUGCCUUAGCCGUACAUUUUUGGAAGAAGAUGAUACAUCGUCAUGUAAAUCGACUCCCCGCAAGAAUAAAAACAAGAACACGAAACCUCGUCUCUCCCUAUAUUCAAUUGAAUUCAGCUCUCAACUUGAAAACCGACAUGGCGACAGCGACAAUGAAUUUGAUCAAAUUCCAACUCCUGUUUCACCUAAGCCGAUGACGCCUAGGAGAGUAAAAAGGCGCAGCGUUAUGACAAGAGGUUCUUCAGGUCGGCAUAGUACAAGUAGCCAUAGAUCUCAUGCUAGAUCUUCCACAAGGUCUAGAAAAAUGGCUCAAAAUCCGGUAACAAGACUUUUAGAACAGCAGCAAAAGAAAUCUUACGACAGCCCAUCUAGUUUAUCUCCGAUCGAAUCGCCGCUUCCUAAUUAUUAUAACUCUCCAAAUAACAAUUUAGUUGCUCACCAGAAAUGGAGGGUUAACACUGGACACACCAAUCCAAAUUAUCAACAGUCUUCCCAACAGAGUCUCAAUGAUACUGAAGAACUGGAUGAUUUAUAUAACAAUAGACCAGCGUCAGUGCGAUCGAGUUAUUCUAACUUUCAUGGUACAAGAACUUUGAACUACUCUCCCCCAAAAACUUAUCAUCAUAGCCUUGCUACUCCGCAAGUUCCUCAAAAGAGGGGACAUCCUAAUCGUAAUAGUAUGAGAUCUAUGGCGUUUUUAAACAGUGGCCCUCCUGCUUAUACUUCUCAUGGACAACUACCGCUAGACUCUGAGACUCCAAUGUAGAUAGGUAUUACCAUACGUAUGAAUACGGUUGAUGUACUACCCAAUAUAUUCGUGAAAAUGUCCGCCCUAUAAACGUAUAUUAUUUGUCAUAUAAGCGUCGCUUACUACUAAUUUAUUCCUAACGUUUACUCCGCCGAUGCAGGCCAGGCGUAUUACUGCAAAAAGGAAUUAUAAUGGGUUAUUUUUGACAUUUUAUGAAAUAAUCAACUGACAAAUAAAAUAUGGAAAAUGAAUGUGAUAGGAAUAACGAGAUACUAAAAAACACUUAUAAAAAUAAGAGAAACAAAAAUUAGAAAGUAAGGUUAUGUUUAAGAUUUUCUGUAAUCAUCUUACCUAUAAAAGAGUA